GAUCAUGUGACAGAAAAUGUCGGUGUCAUGGUAGCGGGUGUUACUUAUAGGCAUGCGCGCUGUGCCAGGUUGCAGUUCCUACCCAGCAUUCCACUGCAGGGUUGUCUGUGUCAAUCAUCAAUCAUGUUGAGACUGGGUGCAGUUGCUCUCCUUCUUGUCUUCUUUCCCGCUGCCUUGUCAAAGACUUGCACUGUUUGCAAGACAGAGUAUGGCGCAGCUAAGACUACGGCAGGAACUGACAACGGUCAAAAGUGCACUGCCCUCGGCAGCUACCUGACUUGUCUCGAGACCUCUGCUAAAGGUGAAGCUGAGUGUCCUCUACCAAGUGCUGACGCAGGCGCCAUCGAGACUGAUUACACAGCCGCCACUUGCUCGAGCUCGUUCACCGACACCUGUAUCUGUCAGAAGACCUUCUGGAAAACUGUCCAAGCAGAUGACGCUGCUACCUGCACGGCAGCCAAGGUGUACCUGACUUGUCUGAAGGGGAAGACCGCAACGGCUUGUGACGGCACUUCCUCUGUUGCUACUCUGACUGCUGGUGUGGAGACAAGGAUGAAGGCUCUCACUGGAUGCACUAUCAGCCCACCCUGCCAGUGUCAGAUUAAUGCCAUGAAAGCGGACAUGUCGACCGACGGCAUGAAAUGCACUGCCUACAAGGCACAGUUUAGCUGCCUGUAUGGACUGAGUACCGGUGACACGUGUGAUACAGGGACGACUCUCGCCGCUCUGAAGGCUUCCGCUGCAGCUUCUGUCACUGGAGUAACUUCAUGCACUAUCAACCCACCCUGCCAGUGUCAGAUUACUGCCAUGAAAGCGGACAUGUCCACCGACGUCAAGAAAUGCACUGCCUACAAGGCACAAUUUAGCUGCCUGUAUGGACUGAGUGCCGGGGACACGUGUGAUGCAGGGACGACUCUCGCCGCUCUGAAGACUUCCGCUGCAGCUUCUGUCACUGGAGUAACUUCAUGCACUUUCGAUGACACGUGUACAUGCCAGAGAAGCUAUGAUGCUGCCGCCAAGAGUAAUGAUGCAGAAAAGUGCACGGCGAGAAAGGCGGAACUGAACUGCCUCGGAACAGCAAAGACAUCUACUGGCUGCGACGGAUCAACUUCCAAAAGCGCUAUUGCCACUGCAUCCGAGACCGCACGCGCCGCACUAACCACUGCCUCAGCCACAGACUGUCCAGCUCCAUCAAGUACUUGCCAGUGUCAGAUUACCGCGGCCAAGGAAGAUAACAGCGACUCCACCAAUUACUGCCGCCUGCUCGGGGACCUAAAAACCUGCCUGUCCGCAAUCACCACUACCACCGAGGCCGGAUGCACCAGCACCACCCAGGCCAGCCUGCUCGCCAGCACAGUGACAAUGUACACGACAGCAAAGUGUGCCGCAGACCACGUGACCUUUGUGAUGACGUCACUGCUGGUGUCGCUGUUUGCCAGCAUGUUUCUGUAAAAGCCUCAACCGGUCGUGCAUGAAGUCGACAAUUGCUCCUCGUUGCUCCUUCUCCUCAGUUGUUCUGACCGCUGCUCUUCAGAAUCACUUAAAGGUCUUAUGAAUGAACAUCCUUCACAUAAAUAAUUUCAUAGAUUGUGUCUACAGUAUCCAGAAUUUUCUUAGAACUUUCUAUGCUAUUUCUACUCUAUCAAUCCUUUAAUCGCAUGGCAAAUCGGGUUGAUUUAUGCAAACAUUGUACACACUUUAACAUUAAUACAUUGCAGUAUGUAGUCAGUAUACGGUAAACAAUUAGAGAAUGCAAUGUCUGGUUCAUGAUAUGGUCGAAGCUUAUGACGUGUCCGGCGAUCUGUCGCUUGUCACUGACCGCAGUAACUUGACCACAUUAAAAUAUUCUAAUGCAUACUACAAGAAACGUUGUAAACUAAUACCAACCAAUCGAUUUAAACUCCAAUUCAAAAGUUGCUCAAAUAACGCUCAGUAAACUUUAAUCACAUUUGUUUAAUAUCUCAAUGACUUACUGUAUACCUCAAUGUAAAAGUAAGAAAUUGAAACUAAUAUAUUUAUUGUUACCUUUCUUAUGUCCCGACAAACUGGAAGGCCUUACACCGUAAUACCUAUAAUAUACUGCAAUACAUUAAUUAAGCGAUAGUGAUAAAAAAUACCCUGGACAGUUCACACAAUGGAACUAACUAUUGUAUAUUAUUUGACAAGAACGUAUUAGCUGUAUGUUUGAUAUUGGUCACGUGACAACAUCCCCGAGAGAACAAAAUUGGCGCAAUGCAUGACGUUAAUACCUCUCAUCAUUGUAUGUCAACAUUUUCUAAUGAGUCUAACAAAUACAAAAUACACUGUGACAUAUUGUGUUACAGUAUAUAAGAACGCGGAUGGUGUUUGAAUAUUUCAACCCACUUGGUCCGUGCCCUGAUGACGUGUUGAGUUACUGAUUGUAUAUAUCAGCUGUUCCACUGAAAUAAACGGCACUGAUCACGAA